AUGAAAAGAGAUUCAAGGAACAGAUAUAACAAGUAACAUUAUAAUAUAUAAGUUAUCAAAGAAGCUAAUGUCAAUUAAAAUAAUAACCUUUCAUAAAGUUUAGAUUUUUAUUGUUUAGCCACUAUGUCUUAAUGUUAAUUUAAUUAGCGGCCUUCUUUAUGACAGCAAUUUUUUUGUUGAGAAAACCUCAAUCUUAUGAAUUCAAUCAUCUCUUCACUUUUUUAAUUGUUUUGCUACUUACUAUAUUUGGAUGCACAUUAUAUUAACACAAAUUAAUUUUUGAUGUGAAAUAAAGAUUUCACAAUAAUACUUAAGAGUAUGAAUUAAAUUAGGGAAUCUAUGAAUCUACUAUCAAAUUCUUUUAUUUCUUUACAAAUCAAGAAAAACUCAAAAUAAUCAGAUUGUUAAAUAUCUAUAAUUCUGUUGUUAUUCUACUUAUAAUCUAAAAUAUUUUAAAUCUAUAAAUUGAAGAAUACCAUAAAAAAUAAAACAAUUUAAGCUUUGAUUUAAGUAAAAGUAUAAAUUACCUAAUAAUACUAAUAUCGGAUUAACCUAUGAUGAUUGUCAUAUGUAUAUUGAGUUUGAUUCUUGCCUUUGCUUUUAUUAUCUUUGAAAUUUAUAAAUUAGUGUUUUUUUUAAUCUUAUCUUACAAUAAAUGCUCUUCUUUUACUUAUUAUUCAAGCAGUAUUAGUAGAAGUAUUUAUAUAAUAAUAGAUUAGCUCCUAAAAAAACAAUAGUAAAAGCUAGGAGACUUUGUUUAAUAACUAUUAUUUUUAAUUUAAGUAAAUCGAUAAUUUUAUUUGUAAUGAUAAGCUCUACACCAAAUUCAACUUCUUUAACUUUAAUUGCCUCAAAUAUAUUUUAUCAUUUAUUCUUUGUAUUUUUCCAGCUGUUGCUACUUUAAUAAAUUAAUUCAAUUUAUUAUAAUUUAAAAAAUAGAUAAGAAAAUAAGAUACCUAAUAUAUGCUAUGAUGAUCAUAGUAAAUUUAUUAAUUCUUUGUUUAGAAUUAAUAAUUUUUAAAAUAAAAUGUUUUCACUUUUCUUAAUAAUAUGUGUUCUUUUUACAUUAGUUGGAUCCUUAAUAUAUGAAAGAAAUAUAAUCACCUCUAGAUAUGCAAUUUUUUUUUAUGAAGAUUUUAUUUAGUUUGAUUGCCAACUAUUUUAGUUCAUAUUUCUUGCUCUUAUGAUAUUUAAGUUUAGUCUUGAACCAUUUUGGAAAGAUUUCAGUUUUAAACUUUUUUUUUAAAAUUAAUCAUAAGUUUUAUAAGAUUAAUAAUUUAAUUAGAUUGACCAAUAAUCAAUAGAAAUAUCAGUAUAAUAGUUAUCAAUAGAUUACAGAAAAUUUAAUUAAAAAAAAAAUCCUAAUUCUUUAGAAUUAUUGUCUUUGACAAAUGUUAGAAAUUAUUUUAUAUAUAAUGUGGAAUUGUAAAAUAAAUCUUUUGAAUGCACAAUUUGUUUAGAAUAAAUUAAUCAGAGCGAAAUACCAAUUAUUUAACUAAAAUGUCAUAAUACUCAUAUUUUUCAUGAAAAAUGCAUAAGAGACUGGCUAUAAUAAAAUAAAAAGUGCCCAUUAUGUAAUACAUAAUUUAUAAUUGAAUGA